CCCCCACUUUAGUUUUCCACUUUUCCUUUCAUCCUUGAGACCUUGACACUUUCACUUUCUCGCAUAACCCUUAAGGUGCCGCAGAUACGGGCACAGCCUCCCUCCCUUGCGAGUCUUACACCGUCAUAAGUCACGGUUGUCAUCGGAGCUCUUGCGGUUGCUCCUCACAGUCACAGAUUUUUAUUUCAUUUUUUUAACCAAGCCACGACUAACGUCUCUCUUUACCCGCUAUCUCUGGCUUUGAUUGUUAAAAAUUGUGGUAAAUCAUGGAAAAUAUUGCGAACCACAACGAUGAUAGCAAACAAAAAGAAGCGCCUCAGCUGGCGGCGUUGUUGAAAGAAAUGAAGGAAGGACUUGAUACCGUAAGGCAUAAAAUUCAAUCUUUAACUGCCAUGGUGAAAGAAGGUCUAUAUCCUACAGCAGAUGGAUUUAGUUACCUUGAAGUUAAAAAUUUGUUGCUUCUGAAUUAUUGUCAAUCCCUUGUUUAUUAUUUAUUGCGGAAGGCUAAGGGAUUAUCAAUAGAAGAUCAUCCUGUUGUUCGAAGUGUUGUAGAGAUACGAUUGUUUUUGGAAAAGAUUCGGCCAAUUGACAAGAAACAACAAUACCAGAUCCAGAAACUGAUGCAAGCUAGUGAAAAUGCAAUCAGAAGUGAUAUUCUAAACAAGGAGCCAGUUGCAUCCAAUAAGAGCGAGGACGCAUCAAAGUAUCGUCCCAAUCCUGACAUGCUUGUUAGCAAAGUAGACCUAACCUCGCAGGCUGACAAUGAGUAUUAUCAACCUGUAAAAUUUGCGCCUACUUCUAUGGAUCUAGAGAAAUCUUCAAAGCAUGAAAGAAAUGCCUUGCGAAGAGAAAAAGAAAUUCUGAAACAAGCUAAGCAGAGUGAUUAUCUUAGGACAUUGAUGAAUGAUAUGGAGGAAAGACCUGAAGAGAUAAGAGAUUUUGAGGGAGCUAGCAGAGAAGUUGAUAGAUAUAUUGCCAAGAUGGACGAACGUGCUCGGCAAGAGGAGGAGCUGUUCACACGCGUUCCUCUUACGAAACAGGAAAGGAAACGAGAAAAGUAUUUGAAGAAAUCAAGAAAUGGGUUGCAAGGUCUAACAGAAAGUUUCUAUGAUGAAAUCAAAACAUUACCCUUUGAAGAUAAAACUGGAGAGCAAGUAGUGGGCUCUAGUAAUGGUAGCAGAACAAACAAUAGACUGAAGAAGCGAAAGAGGAAACAUUAAAGGAAGAAAAUUUGGGUUUUGAGCUAAAGGGCUGAAAUGCUCUCUGGAAAACAGACCACUUCAUGCUGUUGUCGGAAGUAAUGCUAGAUUUAACGAAAACGACAGAGUUGGUGUUGGUGCUUUCCUCCGUGUUUGUUUGUAGAUUUUAGUUACAUUAUUGUCUUUUUAUUUAUUUAUUUACUUAUUAUUAUUAUUAUUAUUAUAGGCUCGGGUGCUUAAUUGGGUACGUGAAUUUGAGAUUUUCGCAGAGAUGAAAUGUGUUUUUUUUUUUGCUAUUACAGAUGUGCACCCAUUUUUGCGAUGCAAGUGGAUUUUUUUAACCCACCUUUAUAUAUUUAGGUGGAGUACAAAUAGUAUUAAACUUCAUAUUUAGUAGGAUUACUGAAUUAAGUUUACAUUUGUCGUUUUCUUAGGGGUGAACAUGUAGGCCACCGAUUGGUUUUUCUGUACAUGACCCAAGAUAUUCUCAAAUUGGUGGUUCUCGA